UCGGGCUCAUCCCGCCAGGGCCGAGGCCGGGCCGCUGCGCUCCAAGGGGAGGCGCCAACUCGUCGCGGCGCCAGGGCCCCAGACCGAGCAGUAACGGCGACCCAGGAGGCGGAGCGGAUGCAGCUGGGGCCUGCGCUGAAUCUCAAUAACCUUUUAGAAGAUAACUUUACAAGGACCUAGAAGAACUAAGAUUAAAGAUGACCAGAUAUUGGGCUUCAGAAAUUUAAAACAAUCAGCCAGUGAAGGCUACUUUGUCAUCUUUGAAGAUGUUAGAUGUGGGAAAAUGGCCAAUUUUCUCUCUUUGUUCUGAGGAAGAACUACAGUUAAUUCGUCAGGCUUGUGUCUUUGGCAGUGCAGGAAAUGAAGUUAUAUAUAUGACAACAAAUGAUGAGAUUUUUGUGCUUGGCACAAACUGCUGUGGCUGUUUGGGGCUAGGUGAUAUUCAGAGCACUAUUGAACCUCGGAGACUGGAUUCUUUAAGUGGCAAAAAGAUAGCCUCCCUUAGCUAUGGCAGUGGCCCACAUGUUGUCAUUGCAACAACAGAAGGUGAAGUCUUUACCUGGGGUCAUAAUGCUUACAGCCAGUUGGGCAUUGGGACAACUAAUCAUGGUUUAAUUCCCUGUCAUAUUUCUACUAACUUGUCAAAUAAGCAAGUUGUUGAAGUUGCCUGUGGAUCUUACCAUUCUUUGGUGCUAACAUCUGAUGGAGAGGUAUUUGCCUGGGGUUAUAAUAACUCUGGACAGGUAGGAUCUGGAUCAACAGCUAAUCAGACUAUCCCUAGAAGAGUCACUGGUUGCUUACAGAAUAAAGUAGUUGUGAACAUAGCAUGUGGGCAGAUGUGCUCAAUGGCAGUGGUGGACUCUGGCGAGGUAUUUGUCUGGGGUUACAAUGGAAAUGGUCAGCUUGGACUUGGCAGUAGUGGUAACCAGCCAACACCCUGUAGAAUAGCAGCUUUGCAAGGCAUUCGUGUGCAGCGGGUUGCUUGUGGCUAUGCACAUACCUUAGUGUUGACAGAUGAUGGCCAAGUGUAUGCUUGGGGUGCAAAUUCAUAUGGCCAGUUAGGCACUGGCAAUAAAAGUAACCAGUCUUAUCCUACUCCUGUUGUUGUGGAAAAGGACAGGAUUAUAGAAAUUGCAGCCUGCCACUCUACCCAUACCUCUGCUGCCAAGACCCAGGGUGGGCACGUGUACAUGUGGGGCCAGUGCCGGGGCCAGUCCGUGAUCCUGCCUCACCUCACCCACUUCUCCUGCACAGAUGAUGUGUUUGCUUGCUUUGCCACACCUGGUGUCACUUGGCGCCUCCUCUCCGUGGAACCUGAUGACCACCUUACAGUGGCUGAAUCCCUGAAGAGAGAAUUUGACAACCCCAAUACUGCAGACCUCAAAUUUCUGGUGGAUGGAAAGUAUAUUUAUGCACAUAAAGUUCUUCUCAAAAUUAGAUGUGAGCAUUUUCGUUCCUCUUUGGAAGACAUUGAGGAUGAUAUUGUAGAAAUGAGUGAAUUUUCAUAUCCUGUUUACCGAGCCUUCCUAGAAUACCUGUACACAGACAACAUCAGUCUUUCUCCUGAGGAGGCAGUAGGAUUAUUGGAUUUGGCUACAUUUUAUAGAGAAAAUCGUUUGAAAAAGCUCUGCCAACAAACCAUCAAGCAAGGAAUCUGUGAGGAGAAUGCCAUUGCUCUGCUCUCAGCUGCAGUGAAAUAUGAUGCUCAGGACUUAGAAGAAUUCUGCUUCAGGUUUUGCAUAAACCAUUUGACUGUAGUAACACAAACAUCAGGCUUUGCCGAAAUGGACCAUGAUCUCCUGAAGAACUUUAUCAGUAAAGCAAGCAGAGUUGGAGCAUUCAAAAAUUGAUCCUUACCUAUAGGAAGGCAUUUUCCUUGCAAGAGCCAGAGAAUAAAUUCUCCUAAUUAAUAUCUGUGAUUAUCUAUUGUUUGGCUACAAACUCAUGUUCCAUAAAUAUCAAGAGGAUGGUAGUCAGUCCACCUGCUAACAUCCUUUACUUAGAAGGUAUUAAAUGCUGUUAUCAGACAUGACAAAACUCAAGGUGGAAAAAAUACUAUGUCUUAUAUUUAUUGUUUCUUCUCUUAAAUCACUUAAAUUGGACAUUUUGGUCAAUGAUGUAAGUAUAAUGCUCUUCUGGUCAAGUGUUCCACUAUUCAAUAAGCUGUAGCACAUGGUUAGCUGACAGAAAAUGCUGUACUCCAU